AUUUUAUUGGCCGAAAAACAUACAACGACAUGUUCGAGAACCAAUAGCACGGAUAUGUGAAUAAUGGAAUGAAUGGGAGGGACCUGGAGGUGGGGUGCUGGGCUAGCGGCGGCGGCGGCGGAGGGAAUGGUGUUGUUAAGAUGGCGGCUCUGCAGGAGGAACGGAGCUAUGGGCUGUCCUGCGGGAGGGUCGGUGGUAGAGUGUCCGUCUUCCAUGUCAAGCUCACCGAUAGCGCACUGAGGGCCUUCGAGAGCUAUCAAAACAGCCGGGCAUCUCUGAAUCUAAAGCCAGCCAUCCGGUUUCAAGGCUCCCAAGGGCAAAUUACCAUUCCCCAGCCUGAGUGCCCAACGGAAGUACGAACAUUCACCUUCUAUCUGUCAAAUGUUGGCAGAGACAGUCCCCAGGGGAGCUUUGACUGUAUCCAGCAGUACAUUCAAAGCAAUGGGAAUGUCAAGCUGGACUGUUUGGGUAGCAUCCAGGAUAAAAUCACUGUGUGUGCCACAGACGACUCCUAUCAGAAGGCACGGCAGAGCAUGGCGCAGGCUGAGGAGGAGAACAAGAGUAGGGGUGCCAUUGUCAUUAAAAUGGGAAGCAGAUAUGGAGUCAAAAAGGUUCAGGUACGAAAACCUGCUCCCGGAGUCCCAGAUGCUGUUCCCUCCCGGAAGCACCCCACUCCGGUCAACCUUGCAAGUGCCAUAAAGAAAACCAGCACGGGGUUGUCUCUGCGACCCUUCAAAGACAGGGUGGUGCAUUUACUGGCCCUAAAGCCCUACAAGAAACCUGAGCUUAUCUUGCGGUUGCAGAAAGAUGGGCUUUCUGUACAAGAAAAGGAUUUGCUUGAUGGCCUCCUGCAACAGGUGGCAAAUCUGAGUGCCAAAGACUGCACCUACACGUUAAAAGACUGUUUGUACAAGGAAGUACAGAAGGACUGGCCUGGCUACUCUGAAGGUGACCAGCAGCUCUUAAAAAGGAUACUUGCUCGAAAGCUGUUACAACAGCAGAACCCAAGUACCCAGCCUGGAGACACUGCUCCUCUGAGCCCUCCAAAGGAAAAUGUGAAUUCUAACUCCCCUCUCCCUCAGAAGCGACCGCCACAAAAUUCCGAUUUUACUGACCCCUUAUCGAAGAAACUUCGAAUCUCCCGUUUCAAGCAUCACUCUCAACCCACGUUCAAUGGAAAGCUGAGCUCUUCCAAUGGAAAGGAUUCUCUUGCUGCCACCCCUUCACAGAUCCCUUCAUCUGACCCAGUCAUUUCCAGCUCCCAUUUACCUGCUUCUCAUGACCCCCUUUCAGACUCCAGCACUGAUACCCAACACAGAGACUGUGUGAGCCAAGAGGCCUCAGAGAGGCUAGGACAUCCACCUCAAACAGACAGCCAUGCUGAGGGAAAACUGAACUGUAACUCACAGCAUGCAAAGCCCAAAAAGAAGUCUAAAAAGCACAAAGAAAAGGAGCGGUCCAAAGAGAAGUUACAGGAAAAGCAAAACUGCACUCCUGUCAAAAACUCUGGCGUAACUGGUGGAACUGGAACUGUUCAGGACACUAUUGAUUUAAAUGGUGCAUGCAGUAACUCCAGUGUUCCCACUUCCACAUCAGAAAUGCCGGAUUACUUACUGAAAUAUGCGGCAAUCUCAUCUCAGGAAUUGCGGCAGAGUUACAAAAAUGACUUCAACGCAGAGUACAGUGAAUACAGAGACUUGCAUGCCAGGAUAGAGCGAAUAACGCGUAGGUUUACACAGUUGGACUCCCAGCUCAAACAGCUUUGUCAGGGAUCAGAGGAAUACAAGACUAUCCAUGAUCAGAUCCUACAGGAAUAUCGCAAGAUCAAAAAAACAAAUCCAAACUACAGUGAAGAGAAGAAUCGGUGUGAAUAUCUUCACAAUAAACUUGCCCACAUAAAAAAACUGAUUGCACAGUAUGACCAAAAGCAGUUUCAGUCUUGGCAUUAACAUUUUCCACUGGGUUGCAGAAAAUUUGCACCUGGCUACAUAACCCCCCCCCCCCUUUUUUUUUUUUGUUCUACAAGUUAACAGUCCUCCCC